AUGCCUGUUCUCUUUACUCGAAACGAUGCUCUCGACGUUAACCCACAAAGUGGUGACGCUCGUCUCUCUGAGGCUGGCUCAGACUGGCUCUGGGCUGUGACGGCAAUCUACCUCGUGAGCUUCCUCGCAUACUUCGCCCUCAGCUUCAAGCCUCGCAACAAUGAGAGGAUCUUCCACUACCUCUUUACCAUUGCACUCUUCAUCGGAACAAUCGCCUACUUCUCCAUGGCUUCUGGAAUUGCCUACUCGGUCAUCCCCACGCAGCUCAACCUCGGCCGUGCCCUAUCGUAUCAGAUCUACUUUGCAAAGUACAUCAACUGGGUUGUUGCGUUCCCUAUUGUUCUUCUUGCUCUGGGACUCAUGAGUGGUGUGAGCUGGGCAACCAUUCUGUUCAACAUCUUUCUCGCCUGGAUCUGGAUCAUCGCUUACCUCUGCUCCGCAUAUACCACAACCUCGUACAAAUGGGGCUUCUACGCCUUCGGCACCUUCGCCUGGCUGAUGCUCGCCUACCAGACUCUUCACCCGGGCCGCACCUCAGCCGCCCGCCUGGGCCUUUCUCGGGACUACCUCAUUCUGGCCGGCUGGCUCAACCUGCUGUGGUUCCUGUACCCGAUCGCCUUUGGCCUCUCUGACGGCGGCAACAAGAUCGGUGUCACGCAGAGCCUCGUCUUCUUCGGCGUCCUCGACUUGCUCAUGGUCCCCGGUCUUGCCUUUGCUUUUAUGUUCCUGUCCAAGAGAUGGGACUACGGUGCUCUCAACUUGUACUUCACUCAGUACGGCCGUGUCAAUUCUGGAAACGCUGUCUUCCCUGAGAAGCGGGCUCCUGCGGCUGCAACUGCACAGCCUGCUGCUGCUGCUACCACUGCUGUCUAA